AUGGAUGCUUUCAUUUCAAGAAAGCGACCACGGCUUUCCACGCCGGAGACAUCCAGACCCAAUAAUGGCGAGACCGGAGCCUCAGACACAGAGGACUCGACUGAUCUCAAGCUGGCAAUGCUUAUAUCUCUUUUUCCGAGAACCAAGCAAGAGGAGCUCCUGGAUAUUCUCGUCUCAUGCGACGGGUCGGUCGAGGCCGCUUCAUCUCUGCUUUCAUCACAAGGCUCCGCAGUACUCUCACCAGCCACCAAAAAGCGAGCUACGUCGGGCUCAUCGCUCGGCGUGCAGACAUCGCUAUUAUCCCAUGUUGUGACAACAACCAAAAACGGAGUUCUGAAACAAGAAAAUGAAAUCAAAAAGCCGCCAGCGAUCAAAAAAGGAAAAACAUUGCAUCUCUAUGCACCCGAAGACAUCGCCGCUUCCACGCCGUGCACAAUUAUCCACAAUUUCUUGCCCGCUGAAGAGGCAAACGCACUUCUUGUUGAAUUGCUAGAAGAGUCGCAACAUUUCUCCAGAUACGAGUUCCAGCUUUUCAACCGAACGGUGCAGAGCCCCCAUACAGCAUGUGUGUAUGUGUCGACGCUCGAGGAGUAUCGACAGCAGACCUCUGAGUAUACGUACGGCGGAACAUACCGGUCAAACGUGCGACAGGCUACCACCGAAUUGCGCUCAGUGUCACGUAAAGUGCAGCAGACCGUAAACGCCGAAAUCCAGAAACGGAUCUGUGAGGUCUAUCCGGGAGGCAAGAAGCUCAAGUACCAGUCCCCGAAGGAGUGGCGACCAAACGCAGCCUUCGUCAACUGCUACGACGGCCCUGCAGAAAGUGUGGGCUUUCACUCCGAUGAACUGACCUACCUCGGCCCACAUCCAGUAAUUGGCAGUCUCAGCCUAGGAGUGGAGCGAGAGUUUCGAGUGCGGCGAGUCGUGGCUCAAGACGAGGAUGAUAAAACAGACAAAGAUGGCAAAUCAAUACUCGAACAGAAAGACUCGCCUUCAAAAUCUAGAUCAAGAGAGCACCAUAAUGCAUCCGCUGCCCGCGCAGACGCCCAAGGCCAGAUCUCUAUCCAUCUCCCGCACAAUUCUCUGCUGGUCAUGCACGCCGAGAUGCAGGAAGAGUGGAAGCAUGCCAUCACCCCAGCACCAACUAUUUCCCCUCAUCCGGUUGCUGGCAACCGACGAAUCAAUAUCACCUACCGAUGGUACCGCGAUACUCUCCAUCCCCGAUAUACGCCGCGAUGCCGGUGCGGGAUGCAUGCGAUUCUACGGUGUGCGCAGCGCAAAGCAGAGUCGCGGGGACGAUAUAUGUGGACAUGCUAUGCUAGUUUUACGCCCGGCAAGCAGGGCUGCUCGUUCUUCCAAUGGGCCGAGUUUGACGACGAUGGCGAUCCGGUGUGGGAUCAGAGACGGAAUGACGACGAAGCGCCGACUUUGGCCAAUUUUUCGGCGUCGCAAUAG